AUGGCUUAUUCAGUAACAAAAGGCUCAUCCUCUUCUGGUUUCAGCUUCACGGAACACUGGCUUUUGAUGAUAGCCAUUACCCUCAUUUGUGGAAUUCUUGGUUACUUAAUCUAUGAUGCAAUAAUGGCUACUGCAUCAGAGUUGCUGCAUCGUUUGUUGGUAAUUUCUCCACUGCUUUUAAUCAUCAUUGUUCAUUGGCUCUCCACCGGUAGCCAGUUGAACUUUCCUAUGCCAGGAUUUGAACCAAGUGCUAUCCAUAGAGCUGGUGGUUCUCCUUGGGGUGUUGCCUUUGUCCUUCUGUUGCUUUUCUUUCUUAUUUCCUACCAACCUUCCUUGCAUGACCUUAUUUCUUAG